GGACGGGUGCAGGCCCCCCCAUGUGUUCCCCUCCUUGGGGGCUUGAACUCCGGGGGCCAUGCCCCAGUUGUCGAGGUUUAGUUCUGGUCUCAAAACUGAUGGGGAAAAAAAGAAAAGCAAUGAUGGCAAUGAUGAUGAUGAUGAGGAGGAGGAGGAGGAGGAGGAGGAGAAAGGGGGAGAAGGAGGAGGAGGAGGAGGGGGAGGAGGGGAAAGAAGAAGUGGAGAAGAGAAAAGGAGAAAGGAGAGGGAGGAGGAGGAGAGGGAGGAGGAGGAAAGGAAAGAAGAGGCUGCAGAGCAAUUGGUUGGCCUGCCAGAAGAAGCUGCGGUGAUGACAUCAGGCCAAGGCAAUGCAAGUAGCAGCGGUGUUGAUAGGCUUGGUUCCAGGAAGCAAUUGGGAUGGAGGGAUUCGUCGAUGCCCGACAGCACACCGGGUGGUGGGGUGUUAGGGGCUCGAGGUGGUGAUUGGGAAGGAGGAGGAAGAGGAGGAGGAGGAGGAGGAGGAGGAGGAGGGGGAGAAGAGGAGGAGGAGGAGGAGGAAUCUGAUGUGUUUUUAUUGGGCAAAUCAUAUUUUGACAUGAAAGAGUACAGAAGGGCUGCACAUGCUCUCAGAGGACUUCCUGGGAAAAAGGCAUUUUUUCUGCGCAGCUAUGCAAUGUACUUGGCAGGGGAGAAAAGGAAAGAGGAAGAGGCGGUGGAGAUGGCGGGGCCUCUCGGGAAAAGCGAGGUUGUGAAUCGCGAACUGGCGGCAUUGGAAUCUGAACUUGGACGGAAUUAUGAGCAAGAUCAGCUCGACGCAUUUGGCAUGUACCUUUAUGGUGUUGUUUUGCACCAACGAGAGCGGAAAGCAGAGGCGCGGAUGGUCCUGUGCGCCUCGGUAAAUUCCUACCCAUUGAAUUGGAGUACGUGGGCGGAGCUGCAAGCAAUAUGUACGGAGCCAGAGACCCUACCUAAUCUUUCGCUGAACGAACAUUGGAUGAAGUACUUUUUCCUCGCGAGUGUGUACCUGGAUCUUCAAAAGAACAAAGAAGGUCUUCAUCAGUAUCAACUAUUGCUAGCAGAUUUUCCCCGUAGCGAAUACAUUCUCGCACAAACGGCGACGGCGCAGUACAAUCUCCGAUCUUUCGAUGAAGCCCAGGAGUUAUUUGAAAGUCUGCUUGGAAGCGAUCCUUAUCGAAUCGAAGGGAUGGACAUCUACUCCAACAUUCUUUACGUGAAGGAAGCGUUUUCUGCGCUAAGCUACCUUGCACACAAGGCGGUUUUGACGGACAAGUACCGCCCCGAGACAUGCUGCAUUGUAGGAAACUACUACAGCCUGAAAGCACAACAUCAGAAAGCGGUUUUGUAUUUCAAGCGCGCACUGAAGCUCAAUCGCCAGUAUUUAUCGGCGUGGACCUUGAUGGGCCAUGAAUAUGUUGAGAUGAAAAAUACUCCUGCUGCCAUCGAUGCAUACAGGAGGGCGGUAGACAUAAAUCCGCGAGAUUAUCGAGCCUGGUAUGGACUGGGACAAACCUACGAGAUUCUCGGAAUGCCUUAUUAUGCUUUGUAUUAUUACCGUCGUGCGACUCAACUCCGACCACACGAUCCACGGAUGUGGUGUGCCAUGGGUCAGUGCUAUGAGAAUGAGCAGCUUUUGAUGCAUGAUGCGGCCAUUCGCUGCUACAAGAGAGCUGUUAGCAAUAACGACCGUGAAGGCAUUGCUCUUUUGAAGUUGGCCAAGCUUCACGAACAGCUUAAGCAGGCAGACGCUGCUGCACAUUACUACAGAAAGUGGAUGGACCAGACAGAGGGGCAAGACAUCUCGGAGGCGCUGCUUUAUCUAGCCAACUACUGCAAGACGAAACGGCUUUAUGAGGAGGCAACACAAUACGCGACCAGGCUUCUUGAUUAUGGGGGUCCUAAGAAGGAGGAUGCGAAACCACUGCUUCGAGAGAUCCGGAGCGAGCAACAGCAUGUUCCGCUGUCGCCCCUUAUGGAGAUGGAGACUGUUUCGCCUUGAGUUUCCGCUUGGACAUAGCAGCGGUUCCACCUUGAGUUUUUUCUUUUUCUUUUUCUGUUUCUCUCUUGAGGUCAGUGCUUGUUGUAUCAUCCGAUAAGAUAACCCCCAUGUGCUGCACCCCUGGUGAAUUAUUCCCCUUGCACCCUUUUUGUCCCGGCGGCCCGCCCAUUCCUCCUUUUCUCCGCUCUUCUGUCACAUGCUGUCCCCGCCUGUCCAGUGUCUCGUCCGUUUCCUCACUCUUCUGCUUCCCUACCUCUUCUGCUUCCCUACCUCUGUGCCCCGCCGCGCAUGGGCUUGAACUGCUCGAAAUAAAGGGCACAAAGUUCU